AUGGCCCAGUCACAGUCAUUCGAUCUUAGCACUUAUGACUACGAUCCUUCGUCCCCGAUACCUUCCAAUCGAGAUGCGAGAAAUUAUGUUAUAUCAAAGGGUCCUUGUCAACCAAAAGAUUUUACAUUCCCAAGAAAUAGCAAUGGUAGGAGAUUCCUUACAGCUUGGUAUGAAAAUUUCAAGUGGCUUGAAUACUCUAAGAAGACAGACAGAGCAUUUUGUUUCUUUUGUCGCACGUUCAAUCGCCAGGUGAGAUCUUUUAUACCAACGGUAACUGGUCAAACUGGACCGAUGUGGACUGUAACAGCUUAUAUUUUGCACGUCUCCUUUUAAAAUUUUCGUAAUUUUUAUAUAAAUUAUAGUAUGAUAUAACUUUAAUAUCUUAAAUUCAUCAGUGCACAGUCAAAUCAAAUUCCCUUGUUGUAGAUGUGCAGUAGGUCCGAGAAGGCGUUCAUUACCGACGGAUUUUCAAAUUGGAAGAAACCGAAAACCUUUACGACGCACCAGAACAGCGAUGGUCACAGACUUGCCUCCGAGGGAUAUUCAAUCUGGCUGAAGCAGAAGCCGAUCGACCAACAAUUAAACGAACAUGCUAAAAUCCGGGCGAGUGAGAAAGAGAUAGAGGUAAUGUAUGUAAUGGCAUUUUUUCAAUCAUAAGCGACAUUUUAGCACUUUUAUAGAUGAAAAUGCACGCAUACGUAUAGUUUGAUAUAUUGCAUGAUUAUUCCAAAUUAAUGUCCUUUUAAGGUGAAACGAAAACGUACAGUGAUCGGGAGAAUAAUUGAUGUUGUAAGGCUGCUUGGAAGACUGAACUUACCAUUUAGAGGUCAUCGGGAAAAUCAAACAUCCACGAACAAAGGCGUUUUCAUAGAGAUAAUCGCGCACUUUUCCAAACAUGAUGCUAUCAUGGACUUCCAUUUAAAGAAUGCUAAAGGUUUGUGAUUUAAUUGGCUAUACUGACAAUUGUUUAGGCCAAAUAACUUUAAUUUAAUGUUGUACUUUAUUCGUGUAGCUGUUUUGUGCAUUCCACAGCUCUUUGUGGAACUUUGCCAGAAACUUUGAUUUAAUUAUUUGAUUCCUGAUUUAUAAAUAUUCUUCAUUCAAAAACUCUCUGUUAACUGGUUUACAUGUCAUGCGGUCAUGCUAGGCUAAGUUAAAAGUAUUCCGGCCUGCUUACAUUACUAAAGAGUUCGUUGUAAUAUUUCUAAACAGAGCUACAGUGAUAGGUCCGGUUAAUUUCACCAGGCUGAUUGACAUAAUCUGGUAAAUCCAACCAUGAUCUUUCAGGAUCACGGAGUUUGCAAUCAAUAACAUAUUAUUUUAGUUUGAUUUGAAUGUUGUUAUCUCAACAGAUAAUACAAAAUACACAAGUCAUCAAAUCCAAAAUGAAAUGAUUGAUGUAAUUGGGACGGCCAUAACGGAUGAGAUUGUCCGACGGCUGAAGGAAGCUGAGUUUUUCGCUGUUAUUGCUGACGAAACCCCAGAUACAAGCCACAACGAACAAUUUUCCAUCACCGUACGCUAUGUAUAUCAAGGAGAUGUCGAAGAAAAGUUGUUGGCUCUCAGGAUUGUAGAUCAGACGACAAGUGAAAUGCUCUUUGAAACACUCUGCGCUGUAUUGAAAUCCCACGACAUAGACGUCACUCGUCUUAGAGGUCAAUGCUACGAUGGAGCAAGUAAUGUUUCGGGCAUACGGACAGGUCUUCAAGCGAGAAUAAAAGAAAUCUCCCCAUCCGCCUUGUUCGUCCAUUGCUAUGCACACGUAUUGAACCUAGUCAUUGUCGAUGCCAUGACCAGCAACACCACUGCAAGAGAUUUCUUUGGAACCCUUCAAAACUUGUACGUAUUUAUUCAAACAUGCACGAAACGACAUGCUGUUUACACCCAGCAGCAAGCCGAGAUCCACGCAAGCAGUGGUUCUACGAAGAGUUUCCAAGUUCGUACACUGAAGAGCUUGUGCGAAACUCGUUGGGCCUGCCGAGCAAAUGCGAUCAACACAUUCAAUGCGACCAUCGGGGCAAUUGUAGGAACGUUGAAAAUCAUCCACGAAACUGAGACGAAGGCGAAGAUUGCAGCUGAAGCAAAGGGUCUUUUGAGUAAUAUUGAUUUUGAAUUUGUUUUAUCAUUGAAAGUGAGUAUACUUACAGUAUAUAAAGGACUUCAUUUUCUAAGUACAUUGCACUAUAUCGUAUGGUUCGCAUUGGGAAAACGACCAUGAAAAGUUUUGUUUUCGGUUUUGAGUUGAAAACGUUCCGUAUCAUAUAUUUUGAGUUAUAUUUCUAUUAUUUGAUACUUUUUCAGGUUCUCGACAAAGUACUUAACCUCAGCAAAGGUGUAUCAGACAAACUACAAUCAGAGGAUCUCGACGUAGUGUCAGGUUGUGACCGGGUUGAAGAUCUGCUUGUUGCCAUAGAAGAACUUCGUACCGAGGACAAGUUCAAGACUUUCUGGAUUGCCACUGUUGAAACAUGUGAAGAGCUCAACAUUGAAACUCCAAUGGAGACGCGUCAAAGGAAGAUACCGGUACGACUGGACGACCAUCCUGAGACAGCUGUGCGGCUUGAACCUAAAGAUACAUUUAGAGUUGGGUUCUACUUUUCAGUAAGUAUUUGUGCGAAACAUUAAUUUUAUCUCUCACACACUGUUCGAAACUUUCUAUCUGAUCAGUAUUAAAUUGCAGAUAUCUUUAACUAUACUACUGUUUUCACAGGUUCUUGAUCUCAUGAUCAAUUCAAUCGAGACGAGGUACGAUGCAGAAAACCGAUCCAUCUUACGGGGAUUUGGAUAUCUUCAUCCCAAACGCAUCACGACGCCUGAUUCUUUCGAGCAUGUCAAACACGCCGCCGAUUGGUUCGCAGAUGACAUCAACGCUGAUGCUCUUGAACUGGAGAUGAAAUUAAUUCGUUCUUCGAAGAUGAUCAAAGAUAUCCUGGCCAAGGAAACGAAAGAACGAAAGCCGUCUUUGGUUGAUUUAUACCGCGAACUUCUUCAAGAACCCGAAUGCUUCCCCAAUUUGUUAAAAAUUAUUAAGAUUGCCCUUACUCUCCCUUUGACAUCAGCAUCUGCUGAGAGAUCAUUUUCCAAGCUGAGAAUAAUAAAAAAUCGCCUGAGGUCGACGAUGAGGCAAGAUCGACUAGAAUCGCUUAUGCUCAUGUCCGUGGAAUCUGACAUUUGUCGGGGCCUCGACAUCGAAGGACUCGUUGAACGAUUUACCGACGCAGCUCCCCGAAGAUGGAACUUGUACUAA